GCGCAUUAGAAGUUGCCUGAAGCUUGAGCCGUACUUUCGCGCUGCCAGGGAGUCAGGCGUCUCGCGAGGUUUGGGAAGUCUCGCGCAGGAUUGAGGGCGAAAUUUAAAACCGCGGAGGCAACAGAAGACUCCUGUAGAGAAGUUGGUAUCCAAAGAGAAGAACCUGGCAAAGUAACAAAGAUAAACACCAAUUCAAGGUCCUCUAAAGAGAGAAAAUGCUAUUCCUACUUCAACAUACAUAGUACUGCUGAUGGUCAGAAAUGGGGAGAUUAUGAUGUAGAUUACUGUAUAGACUGAAGCUAACAAGCCUAAUCAGUUAGAAGAGGAUAAACCUACUUAAAUUCAUUGUGACUAUAGUACGAGUGUCAAAGAAAAUGGAGACUGACACAGAUACAAUUUCACGUCUUCGGUGUCAGCUCAAAGAAGCCGAGGAGGAAAGAAGAAAAGCAGCACAAUAUGGCUUGAAGUUGGUGGAGAAUGAGAACUUGCUGCAGAAUCGGCUAGAUGAACUACAAAAUGAAAUGGUUGUCCUAACAGAGAAUUUUGAACAAGAAAAAUAUACUCUACAGAGAGAAGUAGAACUGAAGAACAGAAUGUUAGGAAGUUUGAAUCAUGAAUACGAGACUCUUAAACAGCAGCAAAAUGCACAACUGGAUGUUCUACGUGAACAACUGGAAAGGGCUCAAGGGCAAGAAAUGAAUGAACUUAAGAAUAAGGUGGAAAAACUGAAAUCAGAACUAGAUGAAGCACUGCUUAGUGAGAAACAACUGAAACACAAAGUAGAUCAUCUGAAGGACCUGUUGGCUUCUAAAUCAGAAGAACUGCGCCUGAUUUCAGAACGUGUCCAUGACACCAUGUCUUCAGAAGUGCUCAAUCUUCAGCUUGAGCUGCUGGCAGUUGAACAGGCAAAGGCAGACCUUGAAGAAAGUUUGCAUGAUAUACGGUACUCCAAAGAACAGUUGGAACUUGGAAACAGCAAUCUGACCAAUCGAGUGGCACGUUUUGAAGAAGAGAAAGAGGAGAGAGAAAAAGACCUUGUUUCAUACUGUAAUGCAUUAGAGAAAGCCCGUGAGAUGAACAGAGAUCUUCAGAUGCAACUUGACCAUGCAUUGCAACAGGCCUUGGAUCCUUCAAGUAAAGGCAAUUCUUUGUUUGCUGAGGUGGAAGACCGUAGAGCAGACAUGGAACGUUGUCUGAUCAGCACAAAAGUAAAAUAUCAAUUGUUACAAAAGCAGCAUACUUUCACUAGAGAACAGCUGCAGAGACUAAAGCUGCAGAUGGCCACGCUGUUGCGCAUGAAAGGUUCACAGGGCGAACAUGAUCAGCUUGAACGUUUGCAAAAUAUGCUUCAACAAAAGAAUGGUGAAAUAGAAGAACUGCUGAUGAAAAUGAAGCAACUAGAAAAAUCUGUGAAGGGAUCUGAAAAUUCAAGAGCAAUGAAACCUUCGAACACUUCAGAUGGUGUAGGUUUUGAAGAUGGGUAUUAUACUGAUUUGCUUCAGAUGAAACUCGAGAAUUCAGACAAAGAAAUAGAAAAUUUGAAAAGCGAAUUAUCUUUACAGCGAAUGAAGGCUUUGUUUGAAAGUCAGCGAGUCUUGGAAAUGGAACGAAAACUCCAUGCAAAUGAAAGACAACUUGAGACUUGUCAAAGUGAGAACAUACAUUUGCGUGUGUCGUUGGAUGAAUUGAAAAUCAAAUACGAACCUGAAGAGUUAAUGAGAGAUCCUGUCAGUCUUAAGAAGACACCAGUGGACAUUCUUUCGGAGAGUGUGAAUAGCAGAAUGUCUUCUUUUUGUGAAAAGUCUUGCAUGCUGUCUCAAAAGGAGGAAGCAAAACUAAGUGAUGCUGAUCUGAAGACUAUGCUUCAAGACGUAUCAAUAAAUACCAUUCCCUCUUUAGCAGUGGAAAAAGGAAAUGAUCAAGCUGGAAGGAAAAGAGUUAAAAUUACAGAGGAACAAAUUGACAGGACAGCUUUAAAUAAGAAAGAUGGGAAUGAUAUUGGAGCAUCUCAUGACAACAGGUCAGUGUCUUCUCAUAUAUAUGCACGAGGCAAUCAGCACAGACCUGCAUCUUUGUUCUUCCGUUGCAUGAACUGUGUUAUCCACAUCUUCAUUUGCUUUCUCAGUAUUGCAUGCAGUGUAAUCCCCCAUUUCCAGCUGCCUAGUUUGAAAUUUUCAAAAUUCUUUAAAAAGCAGUCAAUUAAAGAGAUCAAAAAGGACUCAUAAAUCAUGAACUUCAGUCUUCCUUACAGUUGAAAGAUUUCCUUAACUUUUUAAAAUCAUUAUCUAACAGCUAUAUUACACUUUCUGUAUGUGUAAAUGAUUUGCUUAAUCACUGUACUGUCCUUUCAUGCUCAGUUUAAAUUAACAUGUAUUAUAAUGUAGGAUGAAUAUUUCAAUAAACUAUGGGCAGGAUUGACUUGAUGAAUAUAGUUAAAGGUAAAGGUUUUCCCCUGACGUUAAGUCCAGUCGUGUCCGACUCUGGGGGUUGGUGCUCAUUUCCAUUUCUAAGCCGAAGAGUCGGCAUUGUCCGUAGACACCUCCAAGGUCAUGUGGCCGGCAUGACUGCAUGGAGCGCCGUUACCUUCCUGCCGAAGCGGUACCUAUUGAUCUACUCACAUUUGCAUGUUUUCGAACUGUUAGGUUGGAAGGAGCUGGGGCUAACAGUGGCCGCUCAUUCCGCUCCCAGGAUUUGAACCUGGGACCUUUCGGUUUGCAAGUUCAGCAGCUCAGCGCUUUAACACACUGCGCCACCACCAGGGGCCCUUGAUGAAUAUAGGCCUCCAAAAUUCCAUUUGUAGAUUUCAAAGUACAUUAAAUGAAUGGAGGGGUUGAGAUAAGUAUCUAAUGUAUACUAAAGGGGCUUAAUGAAAUCAGUGGGAAGAGAGGUCAUAAGACAAGCAUUGCAUUUCUUGAAAUGGAAGAUGUUAAAGUCUCCCAGAGAUAUAGUUUAAUUAUAGAUUGGUUUUUCCUCCAGUGUUAUGUUGAGUUUGUGGUAAUCCUUUUAAGGAUUAGCAUCACGUAAUUUAUUUCCCCAGAGUUACUGUUAGUUUUGAAAUGUGCUGAUACAAACAAAGUAGAUUACUUUCCAGCCCCUCCCCCCUUUUUUGUUGUUGUUGUUGUUGUUUCUGGGUAGAUUGGUUGUUUAGGAUAGAUUGGCAAUAAAGGCCCUGCCUAGCAAUUACUUGGUGAUCCUGCUGAAUCGGUCUGGUUUGUAGCCUGAUAAUAAGUGCCUUUUAAAAAACUUAAGUCAGGCACAAAAAGUAGUAUACUAAAAUGAAACAAAUGUGUUUAGAAAUUAAUGGCUUUGAGUGAUGAAGAAAUAAUAGAGCUUUCCAAAGUCAAGGAAAUGUUUAUCCAGUAGCUAGAAAUGAAGGUUGCCUUACAGUGAGCAGAAGUACAGUGAGCAGAAGUGUAAAUUAAGUCAGUGUCUUCUGAAUUUGAUAAGAGUGUUUGCCAUACAUAGAUUUGGGUAUGUAAUUGUCUCAAGGUUUGAAAGUAGCAGUAGAAGCAACAUUAUCUAUAACAUUUUACUUUUGAGGCUAAUGAGAGGGGCAGCAAUGUUUUUUAUUAUGCUUUAUUAAAUAUUAAAUAGGUAAAGUGAGAUAAUUUUAAAGGAUUUUUAAAAAAUUACAAGUAAUUUGUUAAUAACUGCUAAUUAAUCCCUGGUAAAAUAUCAAGUAGUAAGUACUGUUGUUAACUGUUGUCCAGUUGGCUUUGACUGAUGGCAGCCCAUGAAGAAGAUACAUUCAAGUCAUCUGAUCCUCAACAGCUCUGCUCAGUUUUCACAGGCUCAUGGCCAUGGCUUCGAUAAUGGACUCUAUCCAUCUAAGCAGUCUUCCUUUUUCCUACUGCUUUCUACCUUAUCAAGCAAUAUUGUUCUUUCCAGUGAGUAAUGUCUUGUGAUGAUAUGGCUGAAGGACAGUCUAAUUUUCUUGGCUUCUAGGGAGAGUUCAGGCUUCAGUUGUUCUAGAACCCAUUUAUUUGUCUUUUUAGCAUCUCAUGGUAACCAUAUAACUCUUCUCUAUCACCAUAUUGCAAAUGAAUUUAUUUUCUUUGUAUUAUUUUUCUUCACUGUCCAGCUUCCACAACCAUAUAUAGAAAUGGGAAAUAUGAUGGCAUGGAGAGUCCUAACUUUUGGAUUCAAUGAUAUAUCUUGACAUUUCAAGAUCUUGUAGUUACUUCAUAGCUCCCAUUUGAAGUACUAGUCUUCUUCUGGUUUCAUGACUGCAGUCUCCAUUUUGAUUAAUACAUGACUCAUUUAUUGUGCAAAGGUUACAGGUAGUGCAAGUCCAUUAGAUUUUUAAAAAAUCAAUCUAAAUAUAUCAUGACAGCAAUUCAGAAAGCUUUAUUAUGGAUUUGGCUAUCAACAAAUCCAGAUCACAACUAUUCCUUUUGUAGACAAUUGAUGUAGGUUUACAGAGAAUUAAACUUGAGAUUAAUACAGUGAGCCCUUGGUAUCGACUGGAUUUGGGUACCUCCCAUGGAUACCAGUAUCUGUGUAUUCAAGUCCCAUUAUAUAUAAUGGUGUAUCAAAAGGUCAAUACUUAUAUUAAAUAAUGAAUAUCAAGAUUUGAAAUUUUAGAUUUUUCUCCCUGAAUAUUGUCAAGCUGUGGUUAGUUGACACAGUGGAUUCAGAACCCAUAGAUCUGGAGCCGUUUGAUUAACAUCUGCAAACAGAAUAGAACUAGACAAAUAACUAUUUCAAAUACAAAAGUGUAUUUACACAAAUUAUAAUGUUGGUAACUUUUAAAAGAACUACUUAAGAAACAAAACAAACAAGGACACACCUACACAAUAAGAAUAAAACUAACAAACUAACUGAAAGAAUAAUCUACAAACCUCUCACUGCAUGCUUAUUUUUACCUCUAUUUAGUCUGUUCCCUUUUAAUGUUGUUAUAUAAUCAAUUUUCUACAUUUAAUAACAUUGUAUUAAUUUCUAAAACCCACAAUAAACAAAUGGCCCCUCAUUAUUAUCACAAGUAAAUUAGUAAAUGCCAAUCUUGCUUGUAGUUAGGCAAAUAUUUCUCUUCAUCAGUUUAGUUAGUUCACCCAUAUCAACAGUUGCAUGAAUCUUCAUCAGCCAUUGUCAUCAUUCUUUGCCUUCCAUUCUCUAGGUAUGCAUUCCUCCUUCUUUUCUUUUCCCCUUUGAAUGUCAAUCUUAUUUCCCAAAUUCUCCCCAAUACAAUCCAUUGAUAAAGAAUCGUCACCAAUCUGCCACUUUGUAAGGUUCGCCACCACCCCUCUCUGAAGCUUUCUCUGACUGAUCUCAUAAGAAUCCUGUCAAUGGAUCUCAUUCACCACGUAACAAAGAUGUUUUAUAUGGAACUUAUGCAAGAUCAGCAGGAACUUGAGACAACUUGAAAUGGAUCACUUACAUCAGUGCAGAUCUUGUGCACCAAUGAUUUUCUUUUGCUGUUUGACCUCUGGGAAAGUCAUUACUUCCAGGACUUCUUCCUUAUUAUACUCUGAUUUUUCUAAAAUUUCUGACUGUUUUUGAUUCCCAAAUUUCAGUUUUACUAAUUUCUGAUUUCUCUGUGUUAGCAAGCCAGUCAAUUGGUCCAGCGAGAUAUGUAUCUUUUUAAAUUCCACUUACAGCUCUUUUUUAUCAGUCUUAGUUCAUUAAGGAUUUUAGUAGGCUUCAUUCCGAUUUUUUUGUGGAAUUCUAGUAAUCACUUACUGUAUUAAUCAUUGUGUUUGAACACACGGUGGCACUGUAGUACACUUUUAUUCCUCAAGGGGUUGCUAUGACUAACAAAGGAGAGAGUUCUGCCUCCAGAAUUUUAGGUAUUUACUUCCUGUGGACUAUUCACCCUGGGAACUUUCUUUUUGUUUGGCUUUAAAGAUACUAUUUUUAUAAGCAAAGCUUAACCCUUUGCUAAUUGCUAGGGCUGUCGCUAAUAAACACUGCAUUCUUUACUUUUAUUAUUAGCUUUUAAUGGCCUUGCUUGAUGUCUGUUAAAUUAUCUUGGGGAGAAGGGGGUCCUUGGCAGCAACUACAAUUUUUCUUGUUAGAUUCCUUUUAAAACUCUAAGCAAAGAGCUACUCACGAUCUUAGGCAUGUAGAAGGUCAUUCAUCUGAAAGGGAGAAUUCUUGAUUCAACAUGCAGGAGUGAAUCUCACAAGAUAGUAUCCCAUUGAUCUGUGCUGUGGGAACAGUAACCACUUACAGUGGAUAUCGUACUUGGGAUAUUGUGUGGUUUUUGGGCUGUAUGGUUGUGUUCUAGUAUCAUUUUCCCCUAACGUUUUGCCUGCAGCUGUGGCUGGCAUCUUCAGAGUAUCUGAUGGUAGUAAAGCAAGUGGUGUGUAUAUAUCUGUGGUAUGUCCAGGGUGGGAGGAAAGAAUCAUUGUCUGUUAAAGAAGUGCAACAUGUGCAAUUAGCAAGGAGAAAUGCUGUAAGAACAUGGCCAUACAGCCCGGAAACCACAUAGCACCCCUGUGAUUCUGUCACAAUUCAGCAAUACAUCGAUCUCCUCCUUCUUAACUCUGGUUGCUCUGUACCAUGGCAGAUGUCAAAACAAAUGCUUAACAAGUAUUAAAGAGCAUAAGUUGGAGCUUAUGUGAAGAAUAUCUGACCUUCCUGUAUCACAGAGGAAUUGCCACCACUCCUAAGAUGUCAUAAGCCACUGUGAUCAUAGCUGGUAGCAUCCCCCUUGAGAGCUUAACGGGGAGGCUGUUUUUCACUUCACGAUCCCGCCAAGACCCCAAAACUGGACAAAACCUUAGGCAUUUAAUAAAAUUAGUAUCCCUGAGUGCUUGCUUUCAAAUGGAACUUGUAUUCAAACCUAUGGUUUCACGUGAUAUACCUGAUAACUUGGUGCUUUCUAGUUUUAAGGAGGAAUCAUAAAGUUCAUUUUUUUAAAAAAAUGUUCUUCUGUAUGAGUGGAAUUGUAACUUUGGAACACUUCUCUAUUAAAGGCAAUAAAAGAACAGGAAACACUUAAAGAGAUGAAGCAUGUAAGUUUAGGUUUGUGGAUGUAUGUUUUGAGAUGUGAAUCAAAUGGAUGUUAAUCAUAUCUGAAGUGGGUCUUUGGGAAUGCAAAAAUUGUAAAGUGGAAGGGCACUGAUAGAAGGACUGACCAGAGGGCAUAACUGAUAGGAUUGUGAAGGAUGGAUAAAUAAAGAAAGAGUGUUGAGCAGCAUUUGAAAAAUUAUGAAGUGUAACAAAAAAAUAACAUUGUCUGCUAUUGUUGGGGUGACACCCCUGAUACAGGAUUGAAUCUACAUAGCUUUUUCUAGAUAAUAUGCACAAAAUAAAGGUGAUUCUUAAAUUCAGGUUGUAAUUUAGAAGUUAUUGUGCUUAAUACCACCAAUGAGGAAGCUGUUUCUUUGUGGAAGUAGAAUGUUGAGGUGAAAAAUGUCACAGAAGGGGCUAAGAAUGCUAAAUAUUAGAAGAAUUAGAACCAAAAAAGAAUUGACCCAAAGUUCUAAACUGCUCCUAUUAAAAACAUCACAUGUUCUUGCAGUAGUAGACAGCUAAGAUUUGCCAUGUUAAAAAUGGAUUAACUUCAUACAGAUAUAAUGUUUAUAUGUCCUAACUGCUAUGAUUAAAUUUCUAAAAUGCCUA